AUGCGACUAAAAGUGGACACUGGUUCGCAAUUGAACAUAAUGCCACUUAAGGAACUCAAGAAGAUUGAAGGGGACAACCCCCAAAUGGAUCUGUGCAAACAAAAACUGGUUAGCUACUCAGAAGAUAAACUCAAGGUACUAGUAAUCAUAAAAUUGCCUGUGAAAUCCAAGUCAGAUGUUGAACAAGAGCUAAAAUUCCAUGUAGUGGAAACAAAUCAGCCAGGAUUACUGGGACUUCGUUCCUCACAAAACUUGGGCCUAAUUAAAGUUGACAGCAAAAACAGAGAGGGAAGAAACCAAUGA